UCACAAUAUCGACACAUCAACGCAUCGUGAGACUGAUCAUUCAAAUUGUAGGAUCGAUAUGACAUCCACCACUACCGUAUGGGAGCAAAAUGAUUGCAAGAUGUGGAUAUUGACCUCGUCAGCAUCGUCAUCUUCUGACCUUGUUCAAAAUCAUGAUCAGGGCCUCGUCACGCCCUCGAGUCUUCCCACUAGAGUUCCAGACAGACCAUUUCCUUUGAUAUUUUGUCCCUGUCGAUAUAUUGAAGAGUUUCGGGUAGUUCUCGGCCAUGUUCAAUGAUAUUUGGAAUCGAUUCCGAAGUCUUGGAGAUUUCUUCUUAUGCUCCCAGCACACAGCCGCUCAGUCACAAUCAGGUCUUCAGUGUGGCCAUGCUGCCCUGUCGGCUAGUUCUGUACCGUACUCACCUGCCUGCAAUUCGAUCCCUAGGGGAAAUAUUUGGUCGUGUUGUUUUGCAUGGAACUUCAACAGAGCGCUCCGUUUGGUUGUGUUACACGGAGGGAUUGAAAAUGAGAAGUGCUGAUCUGUCAUCUACUUUGGACCGACUGUGGCACGCUUUCAACCUCAAGUCUAAACUAUCACUAUCUCAAAUUAUGAUGCUCAAGAUCGAAACUGGGUGUGCGCGUAGGUGCUUUCCACAUCAGAGAAAACGUCGGAUGUGUGGACGUGACGGUGGCUCUGCAGUACUAGCUCUAGUCCACCGACUGGAAUUAUGGAAUGGACAUCGCUGGGAUGUUGUAACGACACCCCGAGACCCGGCGAAGCACAUAGCUUAAAAAUACCGAAAACCUCGGGAAUAGAAGCAAAGAAGCUCAAGAUGACGAUCAAAUGUUGCCAGGUGGAAUGCAAAACCUCUGGUUUCAAGUUCGCUGGCGUUGAGUAUGACAAAGGACAAAUAUUGUGAUGACAAAGCUCCUCCGGACAGCAAAAAGAGU